AUGAAAACGGAAAACGUUAAGUGGCUCAAAGAUUUCUCUCAAACCAUUAUAAAACCAAUAGAGAUAAUAAUUGAGCGCGGAUCACUGACAAUGUCUCGAGAUCCAUCGAAUCUUCAUCCAUUACCGAGAUUAGUGCUCGACGGCGUAGUGCGUAAGGUAUGUCGCACACUUCGAGAAAAGCGAUAUACCUUAUUGCAAUCAUUGUUUAAAUAUCUAUGUGCCAUAUUUAUCUCCUCUCUCAUUGAAGGAAGUUCCAGUCAUCCAGUGUUAGGUGGUAGGAUGACUGUUCCUACUUCCUCCUUGCUCUAUGGUAUCCUUAGGAAUCGCACCUACUUCUUCAAAGUAGGGGAGUUUAUCAUUCACCUCUCUCCCUCACCCCCCACCCUCCUCACCAUCUAA